AUGGACUACUUCAACCAAACAGCCAACAUCGGCACCCACACCCUCAGCUACGCCCUCCGCGGCCCACCCCGCCAACCCAACACUCCCCUCGUAAUAAUUUUAACCGGAAUUACCAGCAGCGCUUUAGAAUGGAGCGCCGUAUGCCGUCACCUCUCCACCGACGCAUCCAUCCUCCUCUACGAGCGAUCCGGAUACGGCCGCAGCGAGCCAUCCCCAAACCCACCCGACUCUCUUACCAUCAUUAACGAGCUCUGCCAACUACUUGACGCCGCAGUUUUAGCCCCGCCAUACCUCGUCAUCGGACACUCCUGGGGUGGUAUCCUGGCGCGGGAAUUCCUCGCCGCCCGACCAGACGAUAUCUGCGGCAUGGUGCUCGUAGAUCCAGUUCAGGAGCGUAUGAUAAUGGAAACGUGGCCGGAUCCGAGCAUUGCUGCUGUUACCGAUGGGUUGGAUUACAUGGAUGUUGUUGGGUUGGUGCGCGAUCGUGUGUUGACAGAUGAAGAAUGGGACGAUUUGAUGGCGGAGGAAAAUAGUGAAAAGCAUGCGAAACAGGCGACACUAGAAAUGCCCUUUUUACAAGUCAGUCGAGGUGUACUGGCAGAGAAGGGGCAACUUGUGCCUGGGAAAGAUGUUAUGAGGGGAAAGCCGUUGAGUGUGCUGGGAGGAAAUUCAAAGAGGGAUCAUGAGCUGUUGUAUGAGGCUGGUGUGGCCAAGGGGGGAGGUACGGAUGCGCAGCGGGAGAGGUUCAGGGAGUGUCUGGCGAGGUGGGAGAGGUGUGAGGAGGAAUUUCAUCGAGAGUUGUUGAAUUUGUCGAGCAUUGCGCGGUAUUCGGUGACGAAGCGGAGUGGGCAUAAUAUCCAGCUGACAGAGCCGGAAUUGAUUGCCGAUGAGGUUCGUUGGGUGUUGAAGAUGAUUCGUGAAUGA